AUGAUUCAACGUGAAAGAGUCAUUGACAUAAACUUUCGAUCCAAAUCAUAUCAUCUGAAUAUCAGAAUCAGAACCUCCAAAGAUAAAAGUCACAACCGCGCCUCCGAAAUCGCAAGGUCCAAACUCCAGACUCCAAAGUCCAAAUUCCCAAUUCCAGACUCCAAAGAACCAACUACCAAUCCACCAAACAUGACGCAACAACCCGAUUUCCGUCUCCCAAUGAUCUACAGCUGGUUCUUCCUAUUAAUCGAACCCAUCUCCGCCCUAACCGGAGCAUACUACGCUCACUUCCGCCCCUUAAGCUAUCUCCAACUAACCGAUCCCAUCUCCUCCCCAUACACACAAAACACCAUCCCCCUCAGCACCACCAUCAUCCUCACCCAACUCGCAAACCUAUAUCUCCUCUUCGCCAUCAACGAAGCCCUCAUCCUACGCUGCACCUCGGAUUUGCACAUCUGGAAAAUCGUCCUCGUCGGAAUGUUAGUUGCGGAUCUCGGGCAUCUCUAUAGUGUGAGGGGAUUGGGAUGGAGCAUUUAUUGGAAUUUGUGGCGCUGGAAUGCUAUGGCGUGGGGUAAUGUGGGGUUUGUUUAUGUUGGGGCCGCUAUGAGGAUGGCGUUUUUGAGGGGUUGGGGUUUGGGUACUGAGAGGGCGCAGCAGAGGGCUGCGUCAAACCUAUCUAACAAGUCCAUCUACGUUAAGUUAAGUGACAACAACGAUGGCACACCAGAAGAACCGAUGAAAACUAGUAUUUUCGCUGUCACCUCUGCUGCCAUUCCUAUAUAUAUACAUUAUCCCCUUCACUCAAACUCGUGA